AUGACAGCAAUAUCUGCUAGAAUUGCACACUUCAAGAACGAGACGUCGAAGUAUGGUCACAAAACAUUCAAAGGUAACAUUGAUACAAUGAGAAAGGACGUUAACACACAGCGGGCAAUGAUAAAGUCAGAAAUAGAUUCUAUCGCGGAUGCAGUCCUGGCCGAGUUAUCGUCCCUGGAAAAGGAAGAAGCAGUAUUGCAUCAAAAAGAUUGUCAAGAAUCGGAGAAAAAUGUCAGAGAGUUGACGAGUCUGCUUGAAAAAGCGGAAAUGACGGAUACAACGAGUACAUUUGAAAUGGAAAGGUCAUUGAGGACAACUCUACCAUUGUAUGAUGUUAAUGUGAAGGAUGUUCUACCGAAACUACCAAGCUUUGUUACCGGAAGUAUCGACCCCGUCCUGUUGUCGAAAAUGUUAGGUGAAUUACACCACGGGAACCAGUACGAGAAGACAGACAUCGACAGUAAACACGUUCAACGUCUUUCUAAGUUUACUGUUAUUCAACAAAAUAAAAUACUCGGUAUAUGUCCAGUCGACGACAGUCACGCGUGGUUAUCAAUAAUUCUAUACCAGGGUCUGGUACUGGUUAACAAGGAGGGUGUGGUCAUCAAGACAGUAAAAUUGAGCUUCUGUCCGUACAGAAUCACCAUGGUCGGGACAACAGACAUACUUAUGACCAGUUAUCCAUGUAGUAUAUAUGUAUAUAAACUAUCACUACAUAACAAACAGGUGACAACAUUUGCUGACAUUAAACCUCAUACCGCAUUCGACAUCAGCAUUAACGAGAGGGACGAGGUGUUUGUUAGUACAGACACACCAGACAUAGUGGUACUGAAUCAGUCAGGUACGAUUGUGAGGAAGGUGACGUGUGGAAUGGAGGGGCGGUAUAUUACAUGUUUGUCGUCAGGAGACAUUGCAGUGUCGAACGUUAGUAAUGUAUCAAUCAUAACAGACAGAUCUGGUACAAUCAAUUAUAAAUGGUCUGGUGAACUAUACAACGGUCAAACGGUUGGUAGUAGGAACCUCUGUAGGAUUUCAUGUGACAAGUACGACAGACUGUUUGUACCAGACUACACUAACAACCAGGUGCAUGUCCUACCGAGAGAUAGUACACAGGCCACGUGUCUCCUGGACCAGAAACAUGGAGUGGUCAACCCUACAGCGGUGGCUGUAGACACGUGUGGGGACGUGUGGAUCGGGUGUUUGGACGGUACCGUACACGUGAUGCGACUGUAG